AUGAGCAAGCGCUCGCUCGAGGAGUCAAGGGUAGGUACGCAUCGCUCGCCCGAGCCUGGUAGCAAUGGCCUGCUGCCACUGCAGGACCUGCUUUCUCCCGGCGAAGAAGAGCACCCUCAGUCAUCCGGACCGUCCAAAAAGCCCAGGAACUUCAUUGCUACUGUCGCGUGUGAGACGUGUCGAUUGAAAAAGACAAGAUGCGACGAAUCGCGGCCGAGAUGUGGACUGUGCAAGUCGCUUGGCCUAGAAUGUGUGUACAAUGAGCGUAAAUCAUCGAAACGCGAUCAAUCUCUCACGAUGAUCAUGAGUACUCUCCACCGGCUGGAGACAAAGUUGGAAAACCUACCAACAUCUAUUCGGAGUGACUUGCAGUCGCUUCGGAACCAGAUGCAUACCCCUGCUAAUGAACCGCAGAGGCAGUCAUCGCUUGCGUUCGGCGAUGAUAGCAACCAGCACACACCAGGGCUGCCCAACAUCGGGGAAAAUUUCACACCUGCGGCAGCAGGAAAUGCAGAGGACUUUGAAUUCGAAGAAAAUGAAACAAAGCCAGACUCUGCAGGCCGCAUAUCCAUCUCUUUCAGUCAACAUGGUGUCAUUGUGUGGCCGGGAGCGCGACAGAUCCUCCCGAAGCAGUUAUUAGCCGCCUACGAAACGCUAGGGAAGAACUAUGUCAUUGAACUAGAAUCGGCACGGGCUCCGCUGUCAAUGUUCAUCAGUCCAUACCCGUUACAAGCGGGACAGCAUUGGCUAGAGGUACUUCCGUUGGCGUUGAUCAGGGGUCUUGCGGAUGCCUUCUUCAGUGUUUUCAACCCUUCCACGCCGAUUAUGGACAAAGGGUUCUUCUUUGCCUUCACCCUUGGCUCAGCCAUUGAGAGCGGCUUUGGGUAUAACAUGGAGAGUUGUCUGGUGCUCAAUGUGCUUGCGCUCGGCUGCCUCGCUGUUCUCGCCUACCAAGAAGGGGACUACCCGUUGCCAGGUACUCAGGGCCUCCGAUUCGAACCGCCAGAGUGGAUGAACGUGGUAUAUGAAGAGCAGCCUGGAUUGCGAUUCUUCAACGAGGCUCGACGACGCAUCGGUUUCCUGAUGUGCGACAAUGACAUCCAAAGUUGUCAAUUCUACCUUCUUUCCUCUGUAUAUUACCACCAGAUCCCUCGUCCAAUGGACUCUUGGGCGAUGAUACAUCGCGCCGCUACUUGCUGUCUAUCGAUGUUGACCAAUCACAACGUGAACUUCGACGAAUGGGAAGGCGACAUGAAAUCCCGCGUAUAUUGGAACUGUCUCAUGAACGAGACAAUCCUCGUCCAAGAGCUCCACCUCCCAUCAAGCGGCCUCUCCCGCCUCGAAGAAAAAGUCCCAAUCCCCAAAUUCAUCGGCUUCGAAACAAUCGGCUACGGCGCAAGCCGCUUCAACUCCUCAACCCUAGUCGACGACUCCUAUUUCCAAUAUCAUUUCCUCGCACAGGUCGCACACCGCAUCAUCCUAACACGCAUCCGUCAUUCCCUCUACUUCUACUCCGACUCAGGAACCUUCCCCCUCCCAGCAAUAAACACCGAACUCCACCACCAACUAGAACAAUGGCGUACAAACCUCCCAACAACAAUCCAAUUCAACAAUGCCCCCUACUCCUCCCACCCAACACCAGCAGAUCCCUCCCCAUCAGCCUCAAUAGCAUCACCCGCCAACCUCUCCUCGCCCAGACCCAGAACGGAUCCAACCCGCCCCCUCUCCCCGGCAAUAGCGGUAGCAGACGCCAUGCUAAGAGGCCGACACAUGAUCGCCCGAUUCCACAUUGGCCGUCCAUACAUAUACAAAGCCCUGCGGAUCCCGCAUCUCUUAACAGAUGAAGACUUCGUGCAGGUGCGAAGUGGUCUGCAGAAUGCAAUGGACUGGCCGAUUACGCAGGGUAUCUUCCGGAAGAUGAAGAGUUGUAUUCCGAUUAAGUUCGCCUUUUGUUCACAGUUCUUCGGUCAGAUUCUUCUUUUUUACUGUAUAGCGCACUCGCCGAGUAUUCGGGUUCGCGAGACGCUGCCGGAUGGCUGGGAGCGCUGGAAUGAGGAAAUGUUAGGAUUUAUGGAGGAUUGUGCGCCGCAUAGCCCGGCUAUCACGCAGGAUUUGGAAUUGCUGCGGUAUCUAUGGCCUGAGCAUUAG